GAUGGAAUAACAUACGACGCCUAUCCAAUGGACCGUUGGAACAAAGCUUCCAGAACUGACGAGAUGCAGCAGCAGACGCUGACCAAGGUUGGGGAACCUUGGAAUAAAAUAACUAGUAUGGGAACCAACGCUAAACAAAUGGUAACUGGACCGGACGGAAAUCCCUUCGGUACUUUUUCCGGAAAAUCCGGAGUACGUGUCGGUAUUGAGAACAGCGGGGAUGCCAAAGUCACUGCCAUGGGGGAGAUGUAUGCAAAUUUUGAGUUUGCGAACAACAAUGGUGGAAAUAUGGAGGUUCCUUUGGUGCGUGGAAGUCCAAUUCUCACGCAUUUAUUUACCAAUGCGAAUCCACAAGUAACAGCCUUCUGCCUUGCUUCCAUCAACGGAAACCCAGUACAGUCGUCUUGUCCAGUGGAAGCUCAGGGGCGAGAUGGGGGUGAAGGCUACACCUCCGCCAGCUGUGAUGGCUCUAAUCUUGUAAUCACUCUGUACAUGACCAAACAACAAGAUAUUAGUAAGAUCCAGUGGGCCGCAGCGCCAUCUUCUGCCUGGAGAAGCAGUCACGGCAUGCACACGUGCAAGGACGAGUGCACCGUAAGCAACGGUGGAAAAACUGUGACCAUAAGGACACAUGUAACUGGAGGAACAUUCAGCUUUGCUGUCAACGUCAUUGGUAGUUACAUAUUGCCCUACGGAAGAAGCUGGAUAGACCAACCAAUCACCCAUACUUGCGGCAAUCGAGGAAAGCGAGCCGCGGAAUUGGCAUGCUCAAAGUCAUUCUGCCACUUCCCAACUUGUAAUAUCCAAAACGGCAAGAACAACUUCCAGUUGACCAUAAAGCUGGACAGGCCAGUUAAAAAGGUUGAAGAUGUCCAGUUUGCAGUGGCCACAGAGAAUAGUUGGGAUGGACAUCAUCCUAUGCUCUCUUGCAACGCCAAUACUUGCCAACUGUCCCAGGACAAGAAGACGGUGACGACUCGCAGAUUGCUGAACUCGGCCACGCCAGUUAAGUAUGCAGUUAACGUAAUUGGAACGUUCAUUCAGCCACCGAGAAAUUGGCACGAAUUGCCAUUUAGACAUGAAUGCGGGUCUUCCCCAACUUCUUACCCAGUGCCGCCAACGACACCAAGCCCCAACCCCAUUAUACCGGGUUCAUCUGUUGAUUCUUAUCUUGGCUAUUCUUGCAAACAGAGUUUCUGCCACUUGCCUGUCUGUGUAGUGAAUGGUGCUGGAUACGAUGUCGCUCUUAUUGUUAAGCUUUCCCAGCCUGUCAGCGACCUCAACAAGGUCCAAUUUGCCUUUCACACGCAGGACACAUGGGCUAGUCACCAUUACAUGGCCACGUGCUCUCAGUCUACAUGUAAACUUUCCAGUGACCACAAAACUAUUAUCUACCGAAAAUACAGCCCUUCCAGUAGGGUUAGUUACGCUGUCAAUAUUAUAGGCCGAUUCGUCAUGCCACCAAGUAAGUGGACUGAAACGCCUUACGCCCAUGACUGCAGGAAUCCUCAAACGACCCCGAGACCCGGAGUGCCAUCCCAAAACACGGCAAACACAGCACCACCAACUGUAAAACCUCGCCCCGUGAACAUUGCCCCGAAUACUAGGUUCGUCUUAGAGUUAAAUGAACCAGGAAACAAACUGCCACAACAAACGCGAAAGUUUGUGCUGUACUUUUCUGAGGCGAUGACCUAUCGUGUUGGCUCCAAUGGGCAGCUUGAGUUCGCUCCCCAAGCCGGAGGGGUUUUCAACGGCGUAUUGCAGAUGGCUUAUGGUGGAGCAAAUGUACGCGGAAAUUUGGAUAUGGCUAGUUUUCAUGACAAGUACAUUGGUGUUUAUCCAUAUAAACCAGAUACUAGUUACUGCGUCUCUGGAGACAAGGGAUACAUCAGCUUUGACUGGAACAAGAGAAUAGUGAAUGGCAUGGGAGGGACUGGUCAAUUGCUGAUGAUGCUUAUGCCUCACCAUGAGCAACUUUUGAAAUCCCCUGCAAUCCUGAAUGUCAACACUCCCUACACAUUCAAAGUAGCUGUAGGGGACAGUUGGCAACAAGAGAUGCCUUUGUUACCUGCCUCAAUGGAACCAGACGUUAGAGACGUGAACAAAGUUAAAGCAAACAGCGCUAGACGGCAAGACAUCUUGAAUGCUAUUGCCACUGACACCGCACAGCUCCCCCUGUCUUCCGUGUGCGGUUACGCUGACAGUUAUGGUGUCGGCAAGUUCAUCUCUGCGGCUGCGCGAGUGGCUAGCAUCUCACGUGCUUUUGGAACCAACCAUUAUCAAAAAUUGGACGCUCAGAUCAAAAAUUGUUUGGAAAAAUGGCUUCGUAUUCAAGAUACCCUAAGCGACGGCAACAAGUUUCGUUACGACACAGUGUGGGGAGGUCUUCUCCUGCGCAGUGGUCCUGCCGGUCAACCGAUCAACCCCGGAGCCAGCUUUGGAUUCCCCAUCUACGCAGAUCACCACUUCCACUUGGGCUAUUUCCUGUAUGCCGCGGCUUAUUAUGCUAAAUACUAUCCAAGUUGGGCAAACAUCCACAGAGAGCGCUUAACCCUGCUGGCCAGAGACGUCGGUAACCCCAGCAAGAAUGACCCUUACUUCCCCGUUGUUCGACACAAAGACACCUAUACUGGAUUUUCCUGGGCUACUGGCAUACACGGCGGCGAGAGGCAAGAGGAAUCCUCCUCCGAGGCCAUUAAUUGCUAUCACGGCCUGGCGGCAUUGGGUUUAUCUCUUGGCGACAGGACCAUGCAGCACAUGGGACAGUUGAUGUUGACCCAAGAGCUGUAUUCAGUGAGAGAAUAUUGGCAAGUGCGUCGUCACAAUCGUCAUCUUUUCCCACCAGUCAUCCAGGAUUACGGAGUCGUGGGCAUGCUGGCCGAAAACAACUACUUUCUUUACACGUUGAACUGGCCUUGUGAGCCAAAUUGGUUCCCCAUGAGGCAUGCCUGUCUGACCGGGAUCCAGAUGAUACCACUCACCGCUGUCUCCAAGUACUGGGUUGACAAGGCAAGUUUUUUAAAAAUAUUUAUUUGUUUAAUUACUUGGUUUUGGUCGUUAUAUCCAUACUUUCAUAAUUUUGUUAUUAUUUUUCAUUUGUUUAUUUUUUAUUUCUCCUUCUUGGCAUUUUUGCGUUAACUCACCACUGUUGACUUUC